CCUGAAGACAUUGGAAAGAUGGUCAAUCUCAACGAGCUAUGGUUGCAUAACAACAGAAUCGAAAGUUUGCCAAAUGGCCUUGGCAACCUGUCUCAUUUGAACAAGCUUCUUCUCGACAACAACAAUUUAACAAUGCUACCCCAAACUAUUGGAAACUUGACUUCACUUGCAAAGCUUUCGGUCACAAACAACAAGAUGAAAGCUUUGCCGCCUCAACUCGGUUUCCUUGGGCUCAUGACAAGUCUUCAAGUUCUUGAACUGUAUUCAAACCAGCUUUCCAUGAUUCCUGAGUCCAUAUCAGCCUUGACUAACUUGGCAGUGCUGAACUUGUCAUACAAUAAACUUCAGCUUUUCCCAGAACAGAUUGAGUCUCUUACUUCAUUGACAGAACUUCACCUCUCUUACAACCAAAUCCAAUUCCUUACUCCUGGGAUUGGAAAUCUGACAACUCUCAACCGAUUCAGAAUUGCAGGGAAUGCCAUCGGCUUUAUGCCCUCUGAGAUUGGCCAAUUGACAAAUCUAUCAGAGUUAUCUUUAACAGAUAACAAGAUUAAGGUACUUCCUGUGGAACUGGGAAACAUUAAUAGUCUUGCAAUGCUGUUGAUUGACGGCAACGAUAUUCAAUCACCUCCAGCAGAUAUUAUAAAGCAAGGCUCGAAAUUGUACAUAACUGGAUUAUCACUGAAUGACAAUCUCCUUGCGGAGGUUGAUGCUGUAAUUGGCUCAUUUACCAACCUCACUGCCCUUCACCUUGACCGCAACCUUUUAACAUUUCUUCCUUCCUCAAUGGGAAAUCUGACGAAGUUGGUAACUCUCACGCUCGAUGGAAAUGAAUUGAAAGAUCCACCGUCAGAGAUUUUGAUGCUCGCAGAACAG